UUCGUUUUCGGCGCCCUUAUCUCACAACUCACUACAGAUAUCGCAAAGUAUUCAAUCGGAAGACUGAGGCCUCACUUCAUAGACGUGUGUCAACCGCAGACACGUGACGGACACCAGUUUUCACUUAGAAGUGCCUGUCCUUCCGGCUUUGAGUUUAUAUAUUACACGGACUACGAGUGCACGUCCACCACAUACAACGCACACCGUAUACGUGAUGCGCACCUGUCGUUCAUGUCCGGCCACUCAUCCUUUGCCGCCUAUUGUUUAGUCUAUUUAGUGAUUUACCUGCAGUUGCGGCUGAGGUGGUCAGCCUUGGGAUUCAUACGACCCCUAUAUCAGGCGAUUCUCAUAUAUAUUGUGAUUUAUACGGGAUUUUCACGAAUUUCCGAUUAUAAGCACCACUGGAGCGAUGUGUUGAUUGGCCUCAUUCAGGGAACAGUAGUCGCGAUACUGACCACAGCUUUCAUAUCGGAUUUGCUGAUAAUUAAAAGCAAUGCCCAACCCGUAAAUGACAGCACCGGCACUAGCACUCCAGUCUCGUACUCGACUGCCAUCACAAGCCCUAAACGUGUACCCAAUUAUGAUAGUUGUAAAGUAGAAAUGGACGAACAUAUAAGUAAAUAAUAGUAUUACGUUUGGUCUCAUAUUAAUCUCUAAACACUAACAGAUUCUUAUCUUUGAUUAGUUUGUAGUCAUAAAUACUUUAUUUUAUUAUUAUUUUACGUCAAAAGUCACACGAAAUACCGUUUUUGUCUAAAUUUCUCUCUCUUUCAGGCCUUUCGAAGAGUGAGAUAUUGUAAUAAUUGACGGAAACUUAUGGUUUGAUUUAAAUUAAUACCGUAACAAUUGAUUUAUGUUUGUUUUGUAUUUUUAUAAAUUAUUUUUUAAUUAUUUUAAAUAUAAUUUUAUACGUGAUGUUAAUCUUAUGGGAAUUUUAAUCAUUUUUUAUUACUUUAUCCCUCAUUUGAAGUUUUAACUAAUUCUUAAGCACAUCUUUCCCGUACAUUAAUGUAACACUAAUUGCUGUCAAUAAUUACCUGUGCCUUCACUUAUCUGUCUAUUUGUGGACAGUAUAUUAGAGCCUACAUAUGACAGGUUAAUCACACCUACAAAUCACCACACCCUCUCCCAUUUAUAAAUGUUACUGUAUCAUUUUCUAGUCGUUAUAUUUUUCGAUAUAUCAAUACAUGUUUCAUUUGAG